AUGGAGCAAAUUCGCUAUGUGAAAAUACCACUUGCCGAAACCCGCACAGACCCCGACACCCACGUGGAAUACGCCCUGAACGUCCAAGGCCCAGUGCGCUCAUGGACCGUCUGGCACCGCUACAAUGAUUUUUUGACCCUAGCCUACGAGCUAAACCGAGAAUUCCCAAACACCCCCACUCCACUCCAGCUGCCACCCAAAACCCUCACCUCGUGGUUUUCCAAAAUCACUACAUUUAUCGAGGAGCGGCGCCACGCUCUGGAGCGGUACAUCCAGGGUAUGAUAAUGAGCGAAGAUGGCCGGUGGCGGGAAUCCGCGUCGCUGCAAAGGUUUCUUGCGCCAAUGAGUACGCGCACGGGCUCAGAGACAGGCUCGGCGGAUUCCGAUAUGGGCUGGGUGACUCCAGCAUCCUGGCUAAAUGAGCACCGCGAUGCUGAGCAGAUCGUGCGUGAUGUUAGGCAGAGCAUACUGCGGCGGGAGAACGCGCUUACGAGAAAUGAAGUAUCUGUGUCGCACCAGAGCUUGCUGCAGGCUAAACGGCAGUUGGCUGAUUUAGGCCGGGUCCUGAAGGUUUUGGAGCAGGGGCUGGAACAGACCAAAGGUGGGCUUACAGCGGGCGAAGUGUUGAGACGCCAGGAUAUGGUGAUGCGACUGGUGGAGGAGCGCGCUAAUUUGUCGCGCAUCGUUAUGGGCACCAGUGCUAUGUCAGGGAGCGGCGAGCGCGCGGCGCUUUUGAGCGGCACGUCGUUGGACAAUAAUAAUAACACAAGGGUACUUGGCAGAGCCGGAAACGAGACCAAUGAGACCCGCGGGCUUGAUAACAAGGGAUUGCUGAUGCUUCAGACGGAUAGGAUGCGGGAGCAGGAUCAGGUUGCUGCUGAUUUUAGUGCGCUGCUGCAGAGACAGCGCGAGAUGGGCGUGGCGAUUGGGAAUGAGCUUGAUCUGCAGAACCAGCUGCUGACAGAGCUGGACCAGGAUAUGGACCGGACUGGAAACAAGAUUUCGACUGCCAGACGCCAGGCCAACCGGUUUACAUAA